UCUCCCUCCCUCUAUAAAAACAACAACAAUUGCCAAGUUUUUUCUCUACCAUAAAAGCUCUGUUUCUAAGCUCUCUGUUUCCUCGAAUCUCCUCUCUGUUUCCAUCAGAUAUCUAAAAAGCAGAGUUUGAUUUCAACAAUUAUGGUGAGAAUCUUCCUUCUAUACAAUCUCUUAAACUCUUUUCUCCUCUCCUUAGUACCAAAGAAGCUGCGAAGUCUAUUCUCUCUCUCCUGGUUCGACAAAACUCUCCACAUGAACUCUCCACCUCCACCAUCAUCGUCCCCUGCUCCAACGAGCAAAACAGAUCCUUCCGAGCUAAAACGUGUUUUCCAGACUUUCGACAAGAACGGAGACGGUCGGAUCACCAAAGAAGAGCUCAACGACUCGCUAGAGAAUCUUGGAAUCUACAUACCGGACAAAGACCUCACUCAGAUGAUCCACAACAUCGACGCCAACGGUGAUGGAUGCGUGGACAUAGAGGAGUUCGAGUCGCUGUACAGCUCCAUUGUGGAUGAGCACCACAAGGAUGGUGAAACAGAGGAAGAGGACAUGAAGGACGCGUUUAACGUGUUUGACCAGGACGGUGAUGGGUUUAUCACUGUGGAGGAGUUGAAGUCUGUGAUGGGUUCUUUGGGACUCAACCAAGGUAAGACAUUAGAAGGUUGCAAGAAGAUGAUUAUGCAAGUGGAUGCUGAUGGUGAUGGUAGAGUCAAUUACAAAGAGUUUCUUCAGAUGAUGAAAGGUGAUGGUUUUAGCUGCAGUAACUGAUCUUUAUUUAGAGUUUUAACAUAAGAGUGUGUUUGUGUUUAUUUGUGUUUCUUUUUAUGUGUAAAUAAUUUUUUUGAUGAUGCAUCAAGUGUGUAUUUUUUUUUUUCCUUUUUAGGAUUUCUCUUAAGGUUAUGUAAGAUUCUCUUUCUCAUUACAUUUGGUUUGGUGUUCUUUAGUA